AUGGCUCAUCUGCCCGGCCGAGGCCACCGACACUCAACUUGGACGCGACGGCGCAGACAGUCGCAUACAAAGAUCUACUUUGACCAAGCUCGAGUCCAUGUUGCGUACCAAGAAUCGCUUUGUGAGGGAGUUCGCAUCGGCCAAAACCCGCGCAGAAUGGGAUACGGCCAAAGAAUGGGUCCUACGCCACUUGGCCGAGACCGACGCACCCACAACCCUCCUACCUCGAGCACAGAAAUGGCGAUGCUUAUCUGCGAUUCCGACACCUACACAGAGACCGUGGACCAUAAGACCUUGUUCUCCAGGUGCACGGUGAUCGAUGUCCCGAUGGUCGGCCCAAGUACCAAGUCAUCAGCUCGCUCCAUCCGUCUGCGUUGCCUCUCCGGUAGCCACUACUAUUUCCUGCAGGGGAAGAUGGCUUCCACCCCAACGCUUUCUCUUUGCGGGUUUCGCCAAGCUGGGCUGCCAAUCGCCAGAAACCUAGAGCAGAUCGACAAUGGUGUCCAAUCGCGCGAGGUUCUUGCCGGUCUCGGUCUUGAUGACGAAGGCGAAGAGGAGGACGAAGACCGCGAGGAUGAGGAUGAAGACGGCGAGGAAGGGGACGAAGAGGAUGGUGAUGGCGAACGUACGCGUCUUCGGCUCUUUCUCGGAUGUUCCAUUCUGUUUAAGGCGCAAGCACUGAUAUUGAACUUUUGAACACCUAGGACGAAGGUCAAGUAAAGGGGUCGAGGUGGCGAGUCUCGCGUUCACAAUUAUUUGCGCACUACUUGCCAAACGCGACGAGUACUUCUCAAUCCCGCAUUGCACCCAACGUCCCUUCCUGGAGUUUGUGA